AUAAAGACUCGACCUCCACCUGUUAUUCUUUCUUUUGACGAAGGAUUUAUCAGGCUCUGCAAAUCUAAAAGUCAUUUUUCCUGUACAAAUGGAUCGUCUUUUAAUUCUUUUUUUUCUUGGGUGUGUCCGAGGACAGUUACCUUCUGCUGAACCCUGCCAGGACAAGCUGCCCAACUGUGCUGCUUAUGGCCAAGCAUCCUGCACUUCCUACACCGACUGGGCCAAGGAAAACUGCAACAGCUACUGCAAGUUCUGUACAGCUAACAUACCAUGUGAAGACAAAUCCAACGACUGCGCCAACUACGACACGGCCACGUGCAACAACCCACAGUUCAGCCACUGGGCCGACACCCAGUGUCGCUACUUCUGUCGACGUUGUUCAGCUGCGGCUCUGGCUGCAAAGGACGCCUUGCAAACAACACUCCCUCCGUCAAUGUGCAAGGACAAAAUAGACUGUCGGCCUUACAAACAGGAUUCUUGUACUCAGUAUCCAGGAUGGGCAAAGGACAACUGUAUGGCGUUCUGCGGUAUCUGCAAAGGGGCCCCUACACCUCCGCAUGUGUGUGCAGACGCAAUACCCGGAUGUGCAGCAUACGACAAAGAAAAAACCUGCAAGGACUCGAAGUUCACCCUGUGGGUGCAGGACAACUGUGCCAAGUAUUGUGGUCUUUGCAAUGAUGGAACCGUGACGUCAGGGCCAGGCCCUCUCAUUCCAACAGGCCCAAUCAUGACGUCAGGCCCAGGCCCGAUCAAAACAGGCUCUGGCCUUCUUACCCCACCGGGGAUUGCUGGUUUUUCCCCUGCUCCAAUAGCUGGGAAAUAGUGCACUAUUCCUUACAAACUAUCGCCCAGGAAACUGUGGGCGUUACUGCUUGAUUGUAUGGAGGAAAGUCAAGGUGAUUAAAAUCUUUGAUCCUCUGA